CAGCUACUGGUCUCAAAUUGUGUGUGAGAACGGAACUCGUCGUGAUCAUUACCUGAAAGUACUGUAUAUUCUUCCCUGCCCACAUCUGUCGAGGCUUCAACACGAUGCCCUUCUUAGGCUGCUGUAAAAAGAGGAACACCAUGUCUCUAGCGAGUGGUCACAACCUGGUGUCUCUGGAGGGGGAGGAGUUGGCCCGUCAGGAGAGGGACUGGCAGGGGUACAGUGAGGGUAUAGUUCGCCUUCACCCCGGCAGGUGGCUCUUCCCCUCAACCUUCAAGAGAUUCGCAGAUGAAUAUUAUAACUUCAAGCUGAAACCCGACGAUGUGGUACUUCUGACAUGGCCAAAGUGUGGGACGACAUGGCUGCAGGAGAUUAUGUGGACAAUGAGGUACAACCCAGACUUGAACAACCCUAUGGCCGCGGCCCCUGUCAAUGCCCGAGUCCCGUUCCUUGAAAUGGAUACAUUGUUGAAGACCAAAAAUAUUGAUCCCAUCGGGCCAGACCACCCACUGAUGCAGGGCUUCAAGAAGAUGUGUCCCGGCAGAGAACCUGAGAACGGGGUGUUCCUCCAGAUGUGCGAGUUGGCUCCUGAACCUCGAACCUUCAAGUCUCACCUUGCUCUCCCCCUCCUGCCAACAGACCUCCUGAAGACUAGCAAGGCGGUGUACAUGGCCAGGAACCCGAAGGAUGCUGUAGUAUCCUUCUUCCAUCACUCUCGCAUCUUCAAGAACCACGACUUCAAGGGGACGUUUGAGGAGUUUGUGCAAUACUUUCUGGAUGACGAUUGUGUGUAUGGACCCUACUGGCUUCACCUGAAGGAGGCCUGGAAGCAGAGGAAAAACCCCAAUCUACACUUCAUGUUCUUCGAGGACCUCAAGAACAAUAACAUGGAAGAACUCAAGAAGUUGGACAAGUUCCUCGGUACUAACCUCUCCCAAGAACAGCUGGACAAUGUGGCGCACUACACAAGCUUCGCAGAGAUGAAGGCUCGUGAUGCGGUGCUGGGAGCGGGCUCAGAGAUCUUCUUCAACGUCGACAUUGUCCAGAAAGACGGAGGGUUCUUCAGGCAAGGUAAGGUAGGUGACUGGAAGGGCAAGUACACACCUGAACUGGAGGCUAAGAUGGACAAAUGGAUAAAGAAGAACUUGGGCGACUUUGGAAUCGAGUUCAAGUAUGGAGUUUAGAAGAGACCGUCCACCAGCUACUCUGUAUGUGUCUUGAGGCAUGAGUGUAAUGUUAUGAGUGUUAUGUUAAGAGUUAUGAAUGUUAUAUAUGCUGUUAUAAAUGUUGUUAUGGGUGUCAUGAGCAUUAAGAGUGUUUAUAUACGAGUGGUACAAGUGUUAUAAGUGUUAUGUUAUGAGUACUGUGAGUGUUAUGUGUCAUGUUAUGGGUGUUACAAGUGUUAUGUUGUAAUUGCUAUAAGUGUUGUCACAAGUGAUAUACUGUAUUAAUAUUUCCAUUAGACGGAACUCUCCAAUACUACCUGGAAUUUAAAUUGGCUCGUAAUUUUUCAUAAAAAAUUCCCCAAUUCCGGGUCUGUGGACAAUUUUCCGAAGGUGAAGAUCCGGCACAUUUUCUGAGGAAAUUUUGAGGUUCUGAGAAAAUCUUUCUAAAUCUCUAUGUUCUGGUUCUUGGGAAUAAAUUUUCAAGGAGUUCCGAGAUAGUGCAUCAUGCCCUAGCACAUCCCCAUGUCUCAGGCGCGUGGGUGGCCUGGCUGCUUGGAUCGUUUAGUUCACAUUCUGCUGCCACUGUAGAAGGUUGUUCCCUCGCUAGCUUCUGUUUUUGCAUAUAAUUUGUGUUGUACCAGAACAAAAUCAGUCAAGAAUACAGUGUUAAAAACAUUAAAUAUAAUUACAGUGAUGGGUACAUACUGUAGUGUACAUUCAGUAAGUAAGUAUUCAAGACAUCUUCAGGUCAUGAGACUCCAUUCACCCACCAGGUCAGCUGAGUGGACAGUGUCUGCCUACUCUGCUGGUGAUUACAGUACAAUAUAUACUGUACAAUACAGUGUAGUAUUAGUAUACAUUAUUUUGUUUAUCAUAUUAACAAUAUAUUGUAAGUGUACAGAGGUGUUUGCAUAAAUAAAUACAGCACCGUGCUAUAA